AUGGCCGACGUACUAGUUCAGCAGCCCAUGCAUAUGCCUCAGUUUCGAACUGACCGUGAUGGUCUUGCUUUUGAGGCACUCUGCGAUGAGAUUGAGGCUGCCGACAUUGCAGCAGAUCAGGCUACCAGGCAGGAUUACAGCGCAAAACAUGACGACUGGGAACCAUCACGAUUCGAUUCGGAGAAAGACAAGACACAAUUUCGCCAGUAUGAAACGGCGUGUGAUAGAGUGAAGGGCUUUUACAAGGAGCAACACACCAAGCAAACAGUGGCAUACAAUCUGAAAGCUCGAAACGAUUUCCAUUCGAAAACCAGAGCUGAGAUGACUAUCUGGGAAGCCAUCGAACGCUUGAACACCUUGAUUGACGAGUCAGACCCUGACACCGAGCUCAGCCAGAUUGAACAUCUCCUCCAGUCGGCCGAGGCUAUGCGUCGUGACGGUCGGCCACGAUGGAUGCAACUUACCGGCUUGAUCCACGACUUGGGCAAGCUUCUAUUUUUCUUCGACGCCCAAGGCCAGUGGGACGUCGUUGGAGACACCUUCCCUGUUGGCUGCGCCUUUGACGACAAGAUCAUCUACGGCAACAAGUCCUUUGUCGAGAAUCCAGACUAUAAUGAUCCAAUAUACAGCACGAAAUAUGGCAUCUACUCUCCAGGUUGUGGCCUUGACCAGGUCAUGCUAUCCUGGGGCCAUGACGAAUACUUGUACCAUGUCGUUAAGGACCAGUCAGUUCUGCCAGAAGAUGCGCUUGCCAUGAUCCGGUACCACAGCUUCUACCCAUGGCACCAGCAGGGUGCCUACCGGGAUCUUAUGAACGAGAAGGACCACAAGAUGCUUCAGGCCGUCAAGAGAUUCAACCCGUACGAUCUCUACAGCAAGAGUGAUGAGAAACCUUCCGUCGAGAAGCUCAAGCCUUACUACCUUGAAUUGAUCGACGAGUACUUCCCGAACAAAGUAAUUAAAUGGUAG